GAAAAGGCGUGGUCUGCUUCUUCGAAAGUGGCAUUUGGAGUGCAUAGAAGAUACAGCAGUUAUUUUGAAGACCUACUUGCCAAGAAAAUCCUGUGGUCAAUUCAUUGCUGUGUCUCCAGUUCUAGGGAAGUGUGGUUUUGCUGGUUUCUGCAUCAGAGGAUUCUGAUGCUGUGGGGGGAGGCUGGACAGGGAGAGUCACCCAUCAGGUUGAAUCAUCUGCCUCACAGACAGCUCUGGAUCCAGAAGCCCCACCAUAAACAGGCAAGAGAGUAGCCAGUGAGAAACGAAAACAAUUGUCUUCUGAAUUAGGAUCGAACUUGUGCACAAAGGACAGUAUGAACUUGAGAGAGAUUUUCAUCCUUCUGCUGAAUCUGUAUUUGGUCUUCGGUGUUCAAGCCAUUCGAGAGAGCAUCCCUAUGAAGAGCUUGAGCUGCUACAAUGACUACAACUCACAGGUGACCUGCACAUGGAUGGAGCAUUCUGAGGCUCAUGCCCUCGUUGGUAUGACUCUUUACCAAAGGGAUAAUAUUAUAAUGGAGAACAAGGAGAUGUUUUGCAAACGCCAGACAGAAAAUGACUUACAUGAGGCUCCAGACUCCUAUGUGCACUGGGUUUGUCUCAACGCCACAGACAAUUUUGGAAUAGGCGUAGAUGAUAUUUACAGCUUCAGACCUAACAAGAUGCUUCAAGCAGAACUAAAUGUUGACCUUUUCCAAAAUGUUCAGACCCUCCCACCUCAAAACCUCUCAGUCAGCUUGAUGACAUCAGGAGACUUCUUGCUGACCUGGAAAGCAGCUGAUGGAAGCCAAGGGCUGGGCAAUGCCCUGGAGCACGAAGUCACUUACAAGCGGGACUGGGAGUCCUGGGAGAAAGCUGCCUCGCUUUUGCUCUCCAACACCACACGUUGCCACCUCAGCUGCAAGGACCUUGUCCCAGGGAGCAGCUAUGUUGCCCGUGUGCGAGCCAGACCAAGGCGAUCCAGUAGAUUCUCCGGGCAGUUCAGUGAGUGGAGCACGGAGGUGUCAUGGGAGACCCCUGAAGGUGGCCUUCAGCCCAGGAACCUUCGCUGCCUCUUCAAUGGUGCAGAUCGUCUGACAUGCAGCUGGGAAGUGAAGAAAGCGAUCAUCACCUCUGUCAUCUUUGGCUUGUUCUUCAGGGCCACUCCAGCAUCAGCAGAAGAGGAGUGUUCUCCUGUGCAGGAGAAGUCUUUGCCCCAUGUCCCAUAUGUGGUCCAGAGCUGUGAGAUCCCUGUCAGCAACUCCAGCAGUCAGAGCCAGUACCAUGUGUCUGUCCAGGUCAAGACAGAGGAGAAGCUGAUUGAAGCCUACAAGAACAUUAAGGUGAUGCCGCCUACCAAUGUGUCAGUAACAGUGACAGAGAACCAAGAGUAUGAACUGAGGUGGAUAAAACAUACUUUGGGAUAUGGCUUCAUAAAACAGAGAUAUGAAGUUAAGUACUGGAAAAACAACCAGUAUGAAAAGACUCUCCAGAAGUUAAAUAUCAGCAACGAUGAACCUCCUUUCACCUUCACCCCGCAGAUGCUGGCAUCAUCUACAGAAUAUAGGGGGAAAAUGCGUGCAAGGGUGAAUACGCCUCUGGAUUAUGAGGGACCUUGGAGUGAAUGGAGUGAGGAGUUCACCUGGAAGACUGAAAAUGUUCUGCCACCAGUGGUUCUCCCAGUGAUGCUCCCAGUUCUCAUCAUCACUUUGCUAAUCAUUACUUAUUGCAGCUACAGGUAUUUUCUCAGGAAGAAGCAAAUGUGGGAGGAAAAGAUUCCGAACCCCAGCAAGAGUCUCCUGAUCCAGAGCUACCUGGAGAAAGUACAUGUAGGAAACUGGCCAACAAGCAGCCAACUGGACUUCAACAAAUAUAACGUUUCAGAGAAGAUGGAGCAGGCUAGCUUCCUUCAAGUUGUGGACAGGCAGAUGAAGAGUUUGGCAGAAUGCCCUGAAGGGCAGGCUAAAAAGACAGAUGUUUCCCCUGUUGCACUGGACCUACAGAACUCAUACCAUGCUUUAAAUGAGUCAGAGCAUGCCCCAGUUAUCUGCUCAAGUCAGAUUGCUGGCCAUUCCUUUUCUGUUUCAAGGAGAAACAGUGCUGACGCAAGUAUUGCUGCCCAGAUGGCAAUCCCUUGCUUUGCUUUCAAUGGUCCAUACUUGUACAGCUCAAUGAUGUCCUCCCAGCCUGAUAUGCAUCAGACCCUGCAAGUGAACCUAGCAGGACUCCAUGGGAAAUCACUUUCCCUUCAGUAUGUGACCCUCCCAAAGGAGGACUGUCCCCACGCUCCACAGGGGCAAGAACAGCCAGGAGCAGGUCCUCCACAACCCUUCCCAGAUCAGAAAGAAAUGAUGCAGCACCUGAGCGAUCAGAAAGAAGUGCCUUUGGCCCCACCAGCUUGUGAGCAAGACACAAACAUGAGAACAGAAGAGCAGAAAUCUCCAAAGGCUCUUAGCUGUAUCACAUCUCCUCAGCACUGCCCCUUGGAGUACAUCACCACAGAGAGCCUAUUAAUGCCAUCAGCCAGCGACUCGACCCAUCUGCCACUUGUCACUGCAGGGGAGUCACCUGGUGUCUCACAGGAGCCCCAGCUCCCCAGUGACCACUCCUGCCCUGAGUUUUCUCCUGGGAAAACUGGUGUCAUGGUCCCAGUUUCAGGUCAAGCACCAACCUCUUCUCCUGAAUUGCACCUGGAUGUCUUUGGAGACUACCUUACUGUCCCUUUAGGUCUUCAUGAACUUUCAGAACCACCACAAAUGUCUUUGCCUGUCUUACAGAAGGGAAAUGAUCUUUCUAGAAAGCAGACAUUGUCAGAGAGUAACUUGGUGGUGUUAAACCCCGACAGCACUGAGCCAGUUUUCCUUUGCCAGGUUGGUGACUAUUGCUUCCACAGCCUCAAGUCCAGUGUGAAGAUGGAUAUUACUCAGGAAGACCACCAAGUCAAGAAACCUUCCAAAGGCAAGACAGUGCCAGGGAAGCCUGUGUCUGAUGAUGAAUCCAUCACUGGCAAGGAAAAGGAUGUAUCAAAAAUGCAGGCUAUUCAGCUUUUCAAAAACCUGAAAUCAGACGAUUACUUUUCCUGGCAGCAGUCUUUAAGGAUCACAGAAAUCUGUUAAAUGGGCAAAUAUUGAUGAAUACCAAAGCUACAGGUAACUGAAAGAGUUUGCAACUGUCUGAUGAAAAUGAACCUUCAAACCUAGGAAAAAAUAAAUGCCAGUUCCUUUUUCCAGCUUCCCACCUAACAUGUUGAAAGACUUGAAGUAGCUCCAUAUCCUUCUCAAUGAUCUUCACAGAUCUGUCAUGAAAGACAAUCCAAAUGUCACCCUUUGGUGGUUUUCAAACUUUUUGGCUUAUCCAUAAUGAACAGUUCAGCCUCCUCAUGAUUCUGUGACAGAUCACAGUCAUCUUGCAAUAAUACCAGAUUGACUGGGGCAAACCUCAUGGCAGCAAAUGUAGACUUAACACCACAAAAUGCUAUCAGAAGACGACAGGCUUGGAAACUUGGGAAAGAGAACUUGUAUUCUUAAGAGAAAUUUUGUUGAACUUUAGUAUAAUAGAUCUAAGAGUCACCAGGGUGCUUUUAUAUCUCUACCAUUCCACUACUGGCACUAAAUAGGUAUUGUCUAAGUUGAAAACCCACAAAUAUUAAUAGAAGGGUAAACCAUUCUCAAGCGCAGUAUAUCACAGCGUAUUCUAAGGGCAAGAAGCAAACAUUACUGGGAUACAUAAGGCAGGCUGCAGAGAACCAUGAGGAGAAGAUGCAUUACAGAAAGAAAACUCAAGGACUUGUAAGGUGCAAUGAGAGGAAGGGAGUGUGGAUGGUAACAGAAAAUAACAGGCUGUGAAUGUGCACAAGCCUGUAUCUGCUGAGGUUUUUCUAAGUAUUCAAGCACUAUAUAUGUUCAUUGGCUGUUUCUGCAUUGUAUAAUUAAUCUUAACUAUGUAAUUUAUUCUUUUUUUUUCUUUUUUUUUAAUUUUUUUUCUGAGCAAUAAGCUUUGUUGAGAAAAAGGAGCUGUUUUUUCCCAGUUCUGUUGUAAAGAAAGUGCUGCAAAGUAAAAAUAUUUGUUCAGAGCUGCCACUCUGUGAUCAGGAAAAGGCAUCAGUUUCAGAUGGAAAGGUGGGCUUGCAUUACAAAAAAACACAUUUAUUUUUUCAAAUAUAAGCCUUGUACUAAUAAAAAUAUUAUUUCUUCCUAUAAA